UCACACGUUUAUCUAUUAUCUCUGUGUAGAUUAUACGUAUUAUUUCAACCUGCUUCCCAAUCAGACGCGGAAAAGAGCCUGUCGAUGUGAUGACAGUUAUAAUUAAUAAUACACGCCUAGUUUAUAGUUUUCUUUUAAUAAUUUAUAAUUUUUAAUAAUAUGACCUCGUGUAUUUAUUUUUUAGUGAUAUUUUUGAGUGUUUGUUUGACUGUUUUUGGUCAAAAAUUUGGUUUAGAACAAUUUAAUUUAGUUAGUUACACGCAAUGUAGAUUCGAUUCUGACUGUGUGAAAAUUAGCAAAAAUUCCUUUUGCUUCGAUAACGAUGCAGACAAAAUUGGAAAUUGCAAGUGCAGGGAUGGAUUUGAUAUGGUCAGUAGGAAUCGGACGUUUUUUGCUUGCCUCGGACCUGCUGGAUACAAUGAAGCUUGCGAAAAAAAUAUGCAGUGCCAACUGAUUUUGACAGAAAACGCAGAAUGCUACAACUUGGCUUGUAGGUGCAAAGAUGGCGCUCAUCUCUUUACAGAUGGACGCUGCUACGUAUCAGUAUUACUAGGUGACUUUUGUCAAAGCGACGGGAACUGUUGGAUGACGGGCGACAAUUUUGGUACCUGCAAGUUCGGUAGAUGUUCAUGCAAGUUCGACAGAGAAGUUGCGAAUGAGGACAAAGUGAGCUGCGUGAUUGGUAGAGAUCUAGGAGAGCUUUGUAGCAACGACGCGGAAUGCACUUUGACGCCCAAUACGCAGUGUAGAGUAAGCUGUAGGUGCGCUGCUGGGUUCGUACUGUCUCGAAAUCAAACUACUUGUCUUAGCGCGGCAACAAACUUUUUCGACUCUUGCGAAGAAACCGACCAAUGUUCAGCCUUCCUAACAGGCAGUAUCUGCACAUCGAAUAAAUGUACGUGUCCAGAAGGUUUCCACGGAUACAGCAACCGUUGUAUUAAAUCAGCUGCGAUUGGUAGCUCUUGUAGCAGUACUGAGGAGUGUAUUCCAGAGGCUAAAUAUUCGGAUACAGUGCAAUGUACCGGUGGUACUUGUAAGUGCGUGCAGGGGAUGAUUAGUGAAAUGUUGGGAUGUAAUAGAGGACAUAAUUUUGCGAUUAGUUUAGUAGGUUUGAUAAUUAGUAUUGUUUUUUGUAGAAUUUUGUAAUGUGUUUGUAAAUAUAUAAUGUUUGUUUGUUAAAUGUGAAUAUUUUUUUUAAAUCUGUGGGUAAUUGUACUGAAAAAU